AUGCAGGCCGGCAAGAAGCACAGCCGCCGUGUCGCUCGUCAGACCAAGGCCGCCGCCAUCGCCCCCCGCCCCGUCGACCGUCUCCGCCCGAUUGUCCGUUGCCCCAGCAUCAAGUACAACCGCAAGGUCCGUGCUGGCCGUGGCUUCACCCUGGCCGAGCUGAAGGCCGCUGGUGUCCCCCGCCUGCUGGCCCCCACCAUCGGCAUCUCCGUCGACCACCGCCGCCAGAACCUGUCGGAGGAGUCCCUGGCCGCCAACGUCGCCCGCCUCAAGGCCUACAAGAGCCGCCUGCUCGUCUUCCCCAAGAAGGGCGCCAAGCCGACCGUCCCCGCCGGCCAGUCGGCCGCCCUCAUCGCCUCCGCCCUGCCGAUUGUCAGCUCCACCGCCGGCGUCACCGAGAUCAAGACCAGCGAGCUGCCCGCGCCCCUCGAGGCCGGCGCCUACGCCACCCUGCGCAAGGCGCGGUCAGACGCCAAGCUGGUGGGCAAGCGCGAGAAGCGGAUCAAAGACAAGGCCGAGGCCGAGGCCAACAAGAAAUAG